AUGAACGGAGACACAAAGUUAAUUCUGUCUUUAAUAAAUAGGAUUAGUUUAAAGUUACCAGUUCAUAGCGGAAAAAAACUGGAAACCCUCGAGUCAGAUCCUCUCAUAUUACAAAUUGUUAACUCAAUAAUUGAUUUAUCGAGGUUUAAACUUAGUACAAUAGCAAAUAAUUUAACCCACCUUCUAGAAACAAUAUCUAAGUCUUCAGCGAUGAUGUUGGAAGAAUUUGUACCUUUCGAAGUAUUACAGUCUCAAUUAUUUAUCCUAAAAAUUUUAUCAGCAUGUAUGACAAGUCACUGGAAAUACUAUCGAACAAUGAAAAGGGAGAGGGAGUUGGAGCAGCAACUACAAUCUAACGAUGAUACUUCAUCAAUAUCAACACUUGUAAAUCAAAAUCAGCAAAACCAAAAUCAGCAAAAUCAAAAUCAGCAAAAUCAAAAUUAUCAAAAUCAAAAUUAUCAAAAUCAACAAGGUCAGUCAAGUCAGUCAAAUCAUAGUAAGCAAUUUAAAUUACCCAGAUCAUGGGAUGAUCCUCCACCAUUAGAAGAUUCGCUUGCAAAAUACAUCUUGAGCGUAUUAUCUCGGUUUCUACAUCAAAUGGCGAGUCAGGAAGAUAAUGCUACUGGCCAACCACCAAAUGGAAAUCCUGCAGGUCCCGGUUCACCUAAUAACUUUCCUGCUACAGCACAAGGAUCAUCCGCUACAUUUGAAAUAAUAAAUGACAUUUAUAGGAACGCUGGCCGUGUUAUAUUCUAUAUUAGUGCUUCUAAUUGGAAUGUUGUUUUUUCAAGAAUAAGGAAUCGCAUUGGCUAUUUGACAUCUACAAAUGAUGAGUGGCCAGAAACGUCAGAACUGAAGCUGUUAGAAUGUUCAGAUUUAAACUCUAAACGGUUGUCAAUGGUUCUUCAAGAACUAUGUAGUUCUUUUUUACAUCUUAAACGGUCAGCACAAACAAUGAUGGCGAAUGUUUUACGUAAAGCUAUAUGGAAUUGGAUAGAAGUCUUUCCUGCGGAAUUUGUGACUUUAUGUCAAGAACAAAAACGAUUAGAAGGAGGAGCUGAAAUAUUAUUUGAUUAUUGCAGUUCUUUAGCCGAAAGUAACCCUAAGAAGAAGUCCGUUUUUUGGCCAUUACAGACUAUGUUGUUAAUUUUGUGCCCUGAUAUAUUGUUUAAUGCGUCAAUGUCAGAUGUAUCGAAUUCAAUGUCCAAAAAGGUUGCAUUUCUUGACUCAUUAAAACAGUCACUGAGAAGGUCAAAAUUAGCUGAAGUUGCCGCAGUAUGUUAUGUCGAUAUUUGUAAAGCAUCGACUUACGUAGCAAAGAGUGAUUCUUCAGCUUUACUUCAAAUUGUACCUGAUAUUGAAAAUGAUCUUAAAGCAAAAUUGUUCGAUCCUAAUAAACCGUUUAUGACUGAAUCACAAAUUGAUCAAAAACUUAUGACAGAUUGUUUAACGGCCUUAUUCAGAUUAAAUCAAGAUACAUUGGAAUCAUUAAUUCCAAUUUGUCUGAGCGAAAAUGCACCUAAUGCUUUCAAAUUAGUAUUGGUUAAAAGUUGUUAUGCGAUAGCUUCAGAAGAAAAUCGAUUUCCUUGGAAUCCUAGUUUAUCAUCUGUAUAUUCGGUUCUUGCCGUGCCACUUCGGCAAUUGUUACAUCAAUACAUUAACUCUAAGGAUAAAUCUAAUGACUCUAGGAAAAGAAGAUACAAACCGGAUGAAUUAAACGAAAAAACGGAAAUUAUUCUAAAUAUUAUCAAGCUUUAUAAAUCUGAUCCUAUGCUUGCGCUUGCUUAUUAUGAUCCUAAUCAAUGCCCAGAAGAAAUUCGACAAGUUAUUUGUGGCAUAGCAUUAUGUGUAAAUGAUAAUGCAAUUAGAUCUAUUGCGGCUGAUACUUUGUUGGAACUUCAUAAUUUAGAAUAUAUUGAAAGAUGGGGUCCUGAAGAUAAGAUAAUGUAUAGCUUUUGGUCAAUAAGUUCUCAAGUGAUGUUAGCUAUUGCAAGACAAAUUCUUGAUUAUAAAGAACGUGAAGAAAGUACGAAACAUUUGCUUGAUCUUUUACUUCAAUUAUUUAUUCGUCGCAAUCAAUUCUUGAAAAAACACAAGGAAGAAUCAACAGUUGGAAUUAAUGCACCUGAACGUUUUAGCUGCAAUGUGGUUCUUGAAAUCGCUUUACUGGUUUUAUUAUGCUCUCCCGAUCCAGAUAUUUGUUCAAUGUCAUUAAACUGUUUUGGACAUUUUUGUCAAGAGGCUCAGUUUACCACAGAACUUGUACCUGAUGAGAUGGAUGUUCAGACUGCUCCCCCAAUUGUCGAAAAUAUGGAAAUCUAUUUAGAGUUGUCAGCUUCGCCUUAUGUAGUUUUAGGUCGUAUGGCACAACAAAAGCGUAUUCGCAAAUUAUUGCGAUUAAUGAAAGUGGCAACGCCUGGUAAUCUCGCUUCAUGGGAAGAAGCAUAUAAACGUUGGAAGAACCUUACUCAAUUAAUUGCUCGACCUGCUGAUGAGCAAGCGAUAGAAUCUAACAAGAUAAAAGGAAUGCCGUGGAAUAAUCCGGGUAAAGUUGGUAAUAAUGUUGUGAUUGUUCCGGAGGCACAAAAUACCGAAUGGCUUAAUUAUACUGGCUUUUUAUCAUCAUUGGGGGGAGUUUGUGUCAAUGAACGUCCAAAUGAAUCUUUAGUAAAUGAUUCAGACAAUAGGAAUAAUAUACCUCAGGGGUCAAAUUACCAUUUAAUGGUAGAAAAAUAUGUACAUGAAAUGGUGGAUUUGUUAGUAUGUGAUUCAGCAUAUGUUCGGGAAAGUGUUAGAGAAACUCUUGGAAAUGAAUUGAAUACAAGACUAUACGUUAUUUUAUUUAAAUAUCUUGAAUCGAUAGUAUCACGAUUUUUUGAUCCAGAUGGUGAAGCAACUCCAACCGAAAGAUACACACUAUUUGUAGAGCAAGCAAUCUCCGUUUUAAAACUUAUCUUAGAGCGUAUUCAAGAUGCAUCAGAAAAUUUGUACACUGUUGACCUCGGGGGUCUUGUUCUCUCUUUUGCCCGUUAUCUGAAUAGGCUUGGUUCUGGUCAAGUCGCAUUACGAAUUAAGAAACGAAUGUGUCAACUUGCUGAGAUAUUAAUGCAUAAAAAAGAUUAUGUCACUCUUCGACAAGAAAUUAAAUUGAGAAACAGACUUUUGGAGAUUUUUAUUGAAUGGACUUCAGAUUUUACAAUGAAAGCGGAUAGUCAAGGAAACAGUGAAACAUCAUCAAAUAAAACGGAUAGUCAAGGAAACAGUGAAACAUCAUCAAAUAAAAGUGAAAAAUUGCAUCGUGAUUUGGAUCAAACUUGUUUAAAAACAGUAGUUGCUCUUCUUCAUCAAUUACCAUUACAGCCCUCUGAUGCUGUACAUGAAUCGGAUCUAAGUGGAGUUAAAUCACGUUUAUUUUAUAAAUAUUUUUCAUUUUUCAUCAAAUUACUGAACCGAUGUCGUAUUCUCGAGGCUAUUGAUAGCGGUACUCAUUCUGCGAAAAAUAAUCAAGAUUUGCAAAUGUUAUUGUCAAAGUCUAAAGAGUACGUCAAGGAUUUGGGUCCCUUGAAAGAUUACACGAUUUUAGCAUUGAGUAAUUUACUCAGCGCAAAUGUUGAUUCCGGUUUAAAAUAUUCAUUGUCCAUGGGAUAUCAUGAAGACACCAAGACAAGAACGGCAUUUAUGCAGGUUCUUACAAAUAUCUUGAAUCAAGGAACCGAAUUUGAGGGUCUCGCAGAAAAUGCAAUGAAAGAUCGUUAUGAAAAACUUGUUGAGUUGGUCACCGAGUCUGAUCUCAAUAUUGCAUUAUCAUUAUGUGAAGUCUGUCCAGUUUCUGAUAUCGAUAUAGUCUCUAAAACUCUUUUAGCAGUUUUUGACUCUCGAAAUAAAACAAUGCCCUUAUUAAAAGCGAUUGUCGAAAAAGAAGUUAUUAACACAGAAUAUGAGUCUGAUUUAUUCCGACGUAAUUGUAUGGCAACUCGUAUGUUGGCUUCCUUUGCAAAAACACAUGGGACAGAAUAUUUACGUGAAACUUUACAACCUUUGUUAAAUGAUCUUCUAUCUAAGCCAAGUGAUUUCAGUUGUGAACUUAAUCCUGACAAUCUUCUUCCCGGUGAAGAUGUAAAUAAAAAUUUACAAAAUUUGAAGGCCACAGCUCAAGCAUUCUUGGAUACUAUCUGUGCUUCUGGUCCAAAUAUGCCAAGAACAUUCCGAGAAGUAUGUCAUUACAUUGGUAGUGCCGUCGAAGAAAAAUACAAGCGAGCAAAAUGCGUUACAGUUGGAGCAUUUGUUUUCCUGCGUUUCUUCAAUCCAGCUAUAGUGUCACCAGAUAGUGAUAAUAUAUGCAAGCCUAUUGAAAAUGUUAAAAUCCGAAGAGCAUUGUUAUUAAUAACCAAGGUUAUUCAAAACCUCGCAAAUAAUGUUCUUUUCGGUGCAAAGGAACCUUUUAUGAUUGUUUUAAAUGAUUUUUUAAAUAACAAUAUUGUUAAAGUGACAACUUUCCUGGAAGAAAUCUCCAAAUUGCCUUACGUACCUCCAUUUGCAGAUGUACAAUCGGGAGAUAAUAAUAUCGUACGUAGAUUAGAAGAUUCCGAACGAAAAAAUCUUCAUAGACAUCUUGUUGAAUAUCAAGAGAAGAUGGCAAAAGAUCUUCAGACACGAAGAGUUAAAUCAAUAAACCCAGCUGCACCCGCUAAUGUUAUGCUUGAUCAGGCUCAAGCAAGUAAAAAGGCUUGGGAUACAAUUUCUAAACUUCUUGCACAACUUGGUCCACCUACAGAAAGUCAAAAGAAAGAAUUCCUGAAUAUUAGGAAUAAUCAUUUUGAAACAAAUCACCAACUCUUUAAAGAAUUUAUGACUCGAAAUAAAUUUCGUAAUCUUGAAUCUAUAGUAUCCAAAGGAGUGUUUUAUGAGGGCGGAUUUUCAAAGGAAAGACGUCGUGUCUUUUAUUUAAUAUUACGAAGACUUGACGCAGAAGCUACAGAUAUGGAACUCUUGAUGUAUCAUGUUCUUAAUACAAUUGAACCAUAUAUGGGACAACCAUAUGAACUUUUAGUGGAUGUAACGAUGUUUGGAGCAGCGAACGAAAUACAGUUACAAUGGGCUCAACAAUUUAUGCAUAUUCUUCCAUUUGAUGCUAUGGAAAACCUUAGUGCACUAUAUUUUUACAAUACGAACACCGCUUUCAAGAAAUUCACCAAAAAAAUAUUAUUAGCCCGACUUUUUUCAAGUAAAAUUACUAGGAGAACGAUAUUCUUAUGCAACUUGAGUGAAUUACAUGAACAUAUUUCUUCACCUGAAGUUCGAUUACCGAAGUCGACAACACAAUUAGAUACAGAUCCAAAUGUGGUAUUUAAUCCAAUAACAAGAAUUUCACAUUAUAGAAUGCAAGUACCAGUUACAAUGAAAAUUAGCCACGAGACUAUACAGGUUUUGACGACAAAAAGACAAGACUUAUUUAAUGGAUUGAGCAGUCAAUUAAAUGAUGUAUUUCAUAUUUCCGAAAUCGAAGACAUUGCCCCAUCCUCACAUAAAAGCGAUGAUAAUGAAUUCAUCAUUAAACAAGAUCGGGGUAGACCUCCUUUAUCAUUUACCAGCCCAAGAAGAGAUUCUAUUAUGCAAGCUAUUCGUGCUUCCAAAGCAAGAUAUCAGAUAGCGAAACCAACAAACAUAACUGAAAGAGUAAUAAGGCCAAGCGAUGUUCCAGGAACAUUAUUAAAUAUGGCCCUUCUGAAUAUUGGUAGCGAUGAUCCUAACUUGAGAUUGGCUGCUUACAAUUUACUUGUAGCUUUAAGCCUCAUAUUUAACUUUGAUGUGGGUGGCCAGCUAUUAGGAGCGAAAGGAUUAUGUAUACCAGCAAACAAUACAUCAUUUGUUGUUGGAUUGAGCGAAAGGCUUGCGAGUUUAGUUCCUCAACUUACUCCAGAUUUCUUGUGCGAAUUCUUUGUUGGAUUUGACAAAUCUAGUACUCCUCUGAAACAUUUAUGUCUUCAGUAUAUGGCGCCGUGGUUAAAUAAUUUGGCACAAUUCACUAAGAGUGGAGCAGAUGGUCACAAAAACGUUGAUAAAACGCGGGAGAUUAUAAAGAACUUAAUUGAACUGACAACGAAAGAAACUGAAAUGUAUACCGCAGUUCAGUCAAAGAUAUGGAGUACCUUAGGAAAAGUUGAUGAAAUUACAAAUAUAAUAAUUGAUGAAUUCGUUCAAUAUGCUGUUGACCAUGGUAUAAGUUCACCCCAAUCUGAAAUAGUCGCAAAUACCAUUGUGACUUUAUCAUCGGUUAACAUUCGAGGAAAAAUAAUUGCAAAAUUAAGAAAAGUAAUCGCAAGAACAUCAUUAAAAGCCACUAGAACUCUCACAGAUAAUCCAGCAUGGCCAGAGAUUGCCGUUUUGAUACGGUUCAAUUUAAUGUUGUCGUUUAACAGUCGUAAUGUACAGCUAUAUUUGCCAGAAUUAUUUUAUAUCAUUUCAAUACUAGUAGCUACUGGACCUCCACUUAUUCGGGCUUCUAUCCAUGGUCUUAUUGUAAAUUUGGUGCAAUCUCUUUGCACAUCAAUGCCUUUAAAUGAAAUUAACGUUAAGAGAUUAACAUUGUUGUUAACAGAAUUAUCUGAGCCAAAUUUCCGUUACUUUUUUGGCUUGAAUAAUGUUCCUGGCAACGCAUUUGUUAUAUCAUCUGAAUCCACACAUGAUUUGCCGGAUACGAUGCCACUGGCUUCUUUGGAAAAAAUUGUUCAAGCAUUGCUAGAAGUUAUGGUUUGUGGCGCUGGUUCAGUCGAUAUGUCAAACACAUGGAGAGCUAGAUGGAUGGGGCUUGUUGCAAGUACAGCUUUUCAACAUAAUCCAGCAGUACAACCAAGGGCAUUCGUGACACUUGGUUGUCUUGCACGUGAAGAAGUUGACGAUGAUUUGUUAUACCAAAUAUUAGUUGCUUUAAGAGGAGCUUUGUCGAUGUUUACCGAAAAUGAUUGUUCACUUAUUAUUAGUAUUGUAAUGUGUCUUACGAACAUUGUAGAAAACUUACCCGCUGACUGCCGAUACCUACAAUCGUUGUUCUGGUUAGCGAUGGCGCUCGUUCAAAUAAGUCAUAUUCCUGUAUUCCCAAGUGCAAUUAAUUUAUUAAAUGUAGUACUAAAAGCAUUAGAUGUCAACGGUUUCUUUGCAGUAGAGGAUAUUGCAACAGUUCUUUUAAGAGCUCGUGUCCCUCUGGAACCUAUAGCAAUAAAUAUGGAUAGUGAAGCAGGUAUCAAUUAUGAACAUUUCUCAUUUGCAGUUUCAGCAACACUAUUAAAAGGGUUAAAAAAUCCUGUCACAAAAACUGGAACAAAAGACGUUUUGAAUGCAUUUUUGGAUAUUGCAUCUAAGGGUAUUACUAGAGACCAACCCCAUAAUUUAAUAGAUUCUAGUAUGUUAGGAUACUUAGCCGCAUUGUUACCAGUCUCGGCUAAAAAUGCAGAUAUGAAAGAAUUGCUUUGGGUUUGUGGAAUUGUUGAUUCCGAAGUUGAUAAUUCAGAAUUAGGAACGACAUAUUAUAAAAUUUUUGAAAAACUUGAUAUACCAGAUAAUCAAACUGCUUUACUAUUGAUUUCAUUGAUGGUUGCUAUGUUACAAACUGCGGAACAUGAGCCUGAAAGAUUAUUCUUAUACGGUUUCUUGGCGGAAGCUGCUUCAGCUUUACCUGAAGUAUUUGCUUUAGUAUAUGACUCUUUACUACCAAAGAUGACGCAAAUAAUUAAUAACAGUGAAACCAUCCCAAUCCUUGAUUCCGUUCAGUCGAUUCUAUAUACUGUGAUUUCUUCCGAUCUAUCGUCUGGCAGAGGUGUAGUCCGACCAAAUCAAUUAAAUCAAAUGCCUUCAUAUCUUGAGGAGAUAGGAUUUACAAAUUUAAUGGAUUGUGGAUCAUUCCUAACUGUUACCAAAGAAAAAAUGAAAACAAAUGCAUCGCUAGCAAGUGAAUUGGUGAAUAAGAUAAUAAGUGGAUGA